AUGUCUGCCAUAAACUCUUCUUCAACAUUUGCAAUACAAUUAAAGUUUUCUCGUGCUUUAUCGAUUGUACGAUCGAUUCCACCAGAGAUGGUUGAACUACAACCGACAGUGGCUGAUAAAUUACAGUUUUAUGGUUUAUAUAAGCAAGCAGUACAUGGGGAUAUUAACAUGCCAAGGCCAUCAUCAAAACAAGCAGUUGAAUACGCCAAAUGGAAAGCAUGGUAUAAAAUGAAAGGAAUGAGUCCACUUGAAGCCCAAAAAUUGUACGUUGAUUCCCUUAUACAGUUGCUAACAGAAGUAAGUUACACCGACACAAAAGAUAGAAUAGGAGUUAUAGAUUGA